GAGAACUCUCUGGCUGUUGACAAUAUUGCGAGGGAACCAGAGGAAGGAUAUAAUACAGUAACCGUAAGAUCCAAAGGACAGGUCAAACGCGUGGGAAGUCUACUCCAUCGGGGAAUUGAACGGGCAAGGAAUGCAGUGACUUUGAGAUCCACCGAGCAGGAGAAUCCGUGUUCAUCGGGGUAUCUUGCAGGGAAAAAGUCCAGGGACAAAGAGGUCCUACGGCCUUUGAAGACAGUAACCCGGAGAUCUCGAUCGUUUGUGGCUAUUACUCUGCCUUGGAACAGAAAAAAAGAAAAAAAUAUUUCUCGUCGCCACCUCCUCAUAUUCCUCUUGAGCACAGGUCAUCGAAUGGACCCACAUCCCGGCGCCAGGAGCUUUAGUAGCCGCGGAGCCACAGCCUGCGAGGCCCUUCCCAACGAGCCGCCCAUGAAUUUGUUCAUCCAUACCACCACCGGCACCCGCUUUGAACUGUCCGUCCCUUCCGAGGAGACGGUGGAAGGACUCAAACGGAGAUUAUCGCAGAGGCUCAAAGUACCCAAGGAAAGGCUUGCACUUCUACACAAAGAGACGAGACUGAGUUCAGGGAAACUUCAAGAUUUUGGAGUGUCUGAUGGGAGCAAGGUAACUCUAGUUCCUACCGUGGAAGCUGGCCUCAUGUCUCAAGCAUCGAGACCGGAGCAGUCUGUGAUGCAGGCAUUGGAGAGCUUAACUGAAACUCAGGUGAGUGACUUCCUGUCUGGAAGGUCCCCCUUGACCCUGGCCUUGCGGGUUGGUGACCACAUGAUGUUUGUACAGCUGCAGCUGGCAGCACAACAGUCGGGUGCACAGCAGAUUCAGCAUCACCAUGUCAUUACUAGGGGAGAGACUGUGGGGUCAGCCGGAGCCACAACCUCAUCAACCAGUACUGCACAUUCUGCUGCUGGACACACUAGAGUAUCUCAUCAUCCGCAUUCUCAUUCUGCUGCCACUGCCAGCCAAACGACACAACCCAGCUUCUCUCCCCAUUACUGUGCCCCAAGCCGCUCCUCGUCUGUUUCAGCUGGCAUGUUUGUCUCAAACCCAGGAACAGCUUCCAGCAGUGUUGUCUCUCCUCCGGCAUCUCAGUCCUCCAGUCAAACAGCCCCGUGUCCAGAGGCUGAUUGCAGUUCAAAAAGUGCAAGCAGUCAGAGUUCUACAGGGCGACCUCGGAAACCAGGUGCCAUUAUAGAAAGCUUUGUCAACCAUGCACCUGGGGUUUUCUCUGGGACAUUCUCAGGCACUUUACACCCCAACUGCCAAGACAGCAGUGGACGGCCACGACGGGACAUUGGUACCAUCCUUCAGAUUCUCAAUGACCUCUUGAGUGCCACACGGCACUAUCAGGGAGUUCCACCUUCUCUUGCACAGCUACGCUGUCAGACCCAGUGUGGCCCUGCUUCACCGUCCAGAUCCCCGCCACCCUCUCCUCCUACGGUGCUCGCAGGCCUUUCUGCUCGACCUACCUCAGUGGCUACCGCCAGCCAGCCUGGCCUGCACCCCUUGGUACAGUGCAAAAGCCAAAUCCGCAUGUGCAAGCCCAGUGGGGACCGCUCACGGCAGACCGAGAACCGUGCCACACGCUGCAAGGUGGAGCGACUGCAACUUUUGAUGCAGCAGAAGCGAUUACGCCGAAAGGCACGGCGUGAUGCCCGGGCUCCCUACCAGUGGCUGCCAAACCGCAAGUCUAGUCGUAGCAACAGCAACAGCAGUGUAUCAAGUGACGGCAGCCUAGAUUUGGACUUUGAGGAGCCUGUGUGGAAGCCAGAUGUGAAAGCGGACAUGAAAUCAGAGUUUGUGGUGGCAUGAUUGAGCUGAAGAGCUCCCCCGAUCCCCCACCCACCACCUACAAGUCUGCCUGCUUGCAAUAAGGCAGGGGAGGGGGGAGAGAGAGAGAAAUUGAGAGAAAGACCACAGGUGGCCCAUGGGAGGGACUGCACUUCUUUUGGUGACCAAAAACUCGCACCGCCCCGUCUCUCUGCCUAUCGGCUGUGCAUCUCCUCCCCUGAUGGGCUGUGAUGACAGUAAUCUUCUGGGACCACCAGUUUUAUCGUGUGUUGAAAAAAAAAAAAACAAAACUAAAAAAGGACCUAGCACUGAGUGUGACAUGAGAGACUGGCAGAGGAUCUGGAACACAAAUGUUUGUUGUCAUGGUGAUCUAGACUGGACAAGAUAACGACGGACACAGAGGAAUUAUCAGGCCGAAAAGGGUUGUCAUCAAGUCCCAGGCACACUUUAUGAGCAAGAAAUUCAAGGAGGGUUGUGCUUAUGUUUUGUUUUGAUUUUUUUUUUUUGUUUUAGGCUUUUUUUUUUCCCCUCUUCUCCAUAAAAAAAAUGUAGCAUUGUUCACAAAGCAUUCAGGUUUCUAAAUACAGACAUGUUUUUUUGCACAUUCUCUGAUUUCCAAAUGGCGCUGGUUUUUAAAGGAGAAGGGGCCUUGGAGGAACGACAAUGUGACUCUCCGUUUUGUGUCUGUUUGUUUUAUUUUAUUAUUAUUGUUGUUAUUAUUAUUUUUUUUCAUGUUUUACUGUUUUGGAAUUUAAAACAGUACUUGGUAUGGCUAUGUUUAAGCCAUUAAUCGAUCAUUUGUAAGAAGAAGCAUCAAGUAGUGUGAUGCAUUUUCCCGGAUUGUCUUGUAAAAAUUAAAAAAAA